AUGUUUAAACAAGUCACUUUACUCUUGUUCACUGUGCUACUCCUCGGCCUCUUGACCUCUGCCGCUCCGACUCCCGUAGAGAGGAAGUCUCUUAAGCAGUUGAAGUUGAAGCGCGGUGACCCGGAACCUUUCAUGAGGCGGGAUGAAGCACCCAAACCCUCUGGCUAUGUAUCCAAGCGCGACGAAGCUUCCAGGGUUUUCAAGAGGGAUGAGCCCAGCGCUCCCAAACCGUCCAAGUCAGACCGAUUUUCUCCAAUUUUAUUUGACGAACUGAAUACCUCUUGCAGAUGGUACAAGAAAUGA